UGGAGAAGGAGGAAGCUAGCAUAGCAGACAGAACAAAUCGGACAAAAUAAAAUAAACAAAUAUUGGUACCAUAUGUGAAAAUGGACUGUUGGUUAAACUGUUAGGGUUGUUGCUGAAAAUCUCAUUCAUUAACGGCUGAUUACCAAACAUAGACUUAAAUUCUGGGGUUCACCCGCCACUGCUUCCAAAAACAUUGCUUUUCACCUCGCGCCAUCGAGUUAGCGUUAGCUAGCUAGCUAGCUCGCGCUACCAGCAAGGCAAGCGAGGAGAAGCGAGAGACCGGGACGGCCCAAAAAAAUUAAACAAGUUGGACCAGCGUGGUCAAAGUGUUAUAGAGGGUUCUUAGCUGUCAGCAUCAGGGCCGCUGAAAUAAACUUGUAGCCAGUGACCUUGUUCGCUCAUUGCAAUCUAAAAUCAUUUAUAAAAUUUCGGCCUGACUUGGAAGGAAAACUUCGCGUGCACAUCAACAUAGGGCAGGCCUGCUGACUGACGAACUGUAUGUGUCUUAACACUGAGGCUGAAACAAACCGUAAAAAUGUCGGCUCAAGCACAGAUGCGAGCGAUGUUGGACCAACUCAUGGGCACAGGAAGAGAUGGCGACACCAUGCGCCAGAGGAUCAAAUUCACUGACGAAAGGGUGUGUAAAAGUCAUCUUCUGGAAUCCUGUCCACAUGACAUUCUCUCUGGAACCCGCAUGGACUUAGGAGAAUGUGAGAAGGUCCACGAUCUGGCCCUCAGGGCAGAUUAUGAAAUUGCGUCAAAAACACAGGAAUACUUCUUUGAACAUGAUGCGGCUGAGCACCUCCAGGCGUUCAUCGCUGACUGUGACCGCAGAACAGAACUGGCCAAAAAGCGACUGGCUGAGACACAGGAAGAGAUCAGUGCAGAGGUCGCUGCCAAGGCGGAGCGAGUGCACGAGCUGAACGAGGAGAUUGGGAAACUGCUGGCUCGAGCAGAACAGCUGGGUGGAGAGGGGAAUGUGGACGAGGCCCAGCAGGUCCUGGAGAAGGUGGAGAAAACCCGCGCCCUGAAGAAAGAAGCGGAGGAUAUCUACCGUAACUCCAUGCCCGCUUCGAGUUUCCAACAGCAAAAACUGAGAGUGUGUGAGGUUUGUUCUGCUUACCUCGGUCUCCAUGACAACGACCGCCGCCUCGCCGACCACUUCGGCGGAAAGCUCCACCUCGGAUUCAUCGAGAUCCGGGAGAAGCUGGAGAAACUCAAGAAGGCGGUGGCGGAGAAGCAGGAGCGCAUGCGUAUGAAGAGGAGGGAGGAGCGUGACAGAGAAGAGGAGAGGGAGAGGGAGCGGCAGCUGGAGUGGGAGCGAGAGAGAGAGCGCGAACGAGAACGGGAAAGAGAGAGAGAGCGUGAAUGGGAGAGAGAAAGAGAGAGAGACCGUAGAAGGUCAAGAUCUAGAAGUGGAGAUAGAUACCGGGACGGAAGAGGGUCGUCUUCCCAUCGCUCUCGCCGUCACCGCUCCUCUCGCUCGCGGGAGGAAGGAGGAGAGAGGGAUCGAGACAGGGAGAGAGAGAGGAAACACAGACACAAAGAUCGCCAUCGCUCGAGGUCCCACUCUCACAGGAGCAAGAGGAAGAGAUCCUCACGGGACAGAUCAUCUCACGCCAGAGAAAGAGAGCGAUCCCUCUCGCAGGAGAGAUGGAGAGACUAUGGAGGAGAGGAGAGAUGGAGGGACAGCGUGGGCGAUGGACGGAGAGACGCGGAGAGAGAGAUGGGAGAGAGAGAGAGGUCGCCGCCGUCGUCGCCGGAGACGGGCCGAACGAGAGAGAGAGAGAGAGAGAGAUCCGUCUCGUACGAGAGAGACCAGCACUCCAGCUCUGAAGAGAGGGAGUCAGGAGAGAUAUAGAAAAGAAAUAAAAAAGAGAGGGAGUAGAAGAAAGAGAGAGAGAGAGAGACGAGAUCAACCGUAACCCUUUUACAUACGUGCUUUUUCCCCCUCGUCCCCUUUUUCUUUUGGGUAAAUUGAUCUUACGAUGACUGGAUAAGUAAAAAAAAAAAAAAAACAACAACAACAACACGGCACUUCAGACUUAAAACCAACGGUAAAAGUGUCUGUUCUAGUUUAUUGUAUUCAUCCAUCCAGACAUUCUGAUCAAUAAAUACCAAGAGGAAACACAAAAGGGGUUGGGGAAAUCAAUUUAGGAUAUUGAUUAGUGGCAGGACUACCAGGUGUGUGUGUGUGAGAAUGUGAAUGUGUGUGUGUGUGUGAGAGAGAGAGAGGGAGAGUGAGUGUGAGUGCGUGUGUUCGCGUGCGUACGAGCGAAGGCGUCAAGCUAGCAUAAAAUAAAGGCGGCAUUGAGGUUUAUAAAAAAAAAAGAUAGAUUGUUGAAAAGAGUUUACAUGGAACGAGGGAUGAACUGAACGACUGACUGACUGUACAAAUCUAGCGUCUGAGUACAGAGGAUCAGAGUAAACGCUGAAUGAAAGAGUGAAUGUUUAAACAGCAGACACGAAAAAAAAAAGAAGGAAAAAAAAAGCGAGGGAUGAUGGGACGGGGAUGAGUGAGUUUUGAUGUUUAGUUUACCUCUUGCUGUUUUCCUGUGAACGGGAUGUGUACGAGAGAUUCCAUGAAGGAAAGUGUAUUCAUCCUUCGACUCUAGACUGGCUGACCUGUUCU